CGCCAAUCGCCGAGUCAGUCCACGUCUGGGCAGCCACAAGUACAGUCCAUCAUUAAAUUUGUUGCGAGCAGCGAUUUGCUUUCGAUCGUUGGCAAUUAAAAUCUCAAAGAUGAGAAUUUAUGCCGCUUUGUUGCUGCUCGGCUGCGCAUUCGCUGCUGCCAGUGGAGCGAACGCAAAUGUGGAGAAAAUCAUGAACCAACUCUUCCCUGACGUGAAAACCAACUUGGCACUGAGACCAGCGGGCAAUGCCACAGACGUUUCCAUUAACAUGCACAUUUUGGACUUUCACAGCAUUGAUGACGAAGAUCAAGAAUUUUCCGUCAGCAUGUACAUCCGCCAGAGAUGGACGGACCCACGGCUAAAAUUCGAAUCCUCCUCUGAAGUCCGCCAAGUGGUUCUGAACGAGCGCGAGAAGAUUUGGGUGCCGGACACAUUCUUUGUCAACGAGCGAAAAACCAAAUUCAGCGACGCGCUCACCGAGAACUCGUUCCUGCGAAUCGACAGCGACGGCAAAGUUCUCUACAGCACCAGGCUGCACACGACCCUCUCCUGCCCCAUGAACCACGCAAAGUUCCCCUUCGACAAACAGACCUGCUCUUUCGUCCUCGAGAGCUACGGCUACACGAAGAAGGACGUGAAUUUGGUUUGGUUCGAGGGCGACGGAGACUUUCCCGUCAGCAUUUCCAAAGUCCUGACUUUGAAACCGUUCAGGCUUGAAGGCGUUGGAAUCGAUACUUGCUGCAAAGGCUCAAAAUGCGAAUUCAAAGAUUACAGCUGCCUGAAGGUGCAGUUUUUGGUGGCCCGAACAGGCUUCGGCCGCUACUUGAUGCAAGUCUAUCUUCCCCAAGCCCUUUCCAUCACCCUGGCCUACCUUUGUCUGUGGCUGCGUCUCGAGUGGACCAAGAAGAUUUUCCUCUCGGGCGUCUCCAUCCUCGGCACUUCGAUCCUCGCCGCCUUCGCCUCCUCCCUCGGACCAGAGACCAACGAUUGCACCGCUCUGGACGCCUGGGGAUUCUGGAAUGUCAUCCUCUCGGCCCUGCCACUCGCCGUCUUGAUCGUUUCCCGUCUGAUCAACCCUAAGGUUGAUGACGACAUUGACGACAAACUGGAGCUGAAGGAGAGAGUCGAGGGAACCAAGAUCGAGCGCAUUGCCAUUUACAUGAUCCCUCUUAUUUUCGUCCUGUACAAUUUCGUCUACUGGGCAAAUUAUGCCAACAGGAUCGACUUUGAAAAUGGAAUAUCCACUGAGCGGAAAGUGCCGUAUUAAAAAUAAAUAAUCCUCAUCAGAUUAUUAAUUACUCCAGAUUUAUAUAAAUUGCUCAUAAGUAAUCACUUUUUAGAAAAAAGCUAUUUUGUAUUGUUUUCUUUUAUAAGCAAAUAAAUGAAGAUCAAAAAUGUAUCAAA